GCUAGUGAUAUUUAUAGUUUUUCUAUGAUUAUGUGGGAAUUUACAUCUGGAAUUUCACCAUUUAAUGAUAGAGCACAUGACCUUCAACUUGCUUUAAAUAUUUGUAAAGGUAAGCGUCCUGAAAUUAUUGAAAAUACUCCACAAUGUUAUGUAGAUUUAAUGAAACAAUGUUGGAAUGAAGAUCCAUCAAAAAGGCCAUCUUCUACAGAAGUUUUAAAUAUUAUUGAAAAUUGGAUUUUUUCUCAUAAUAAGAAAAUUAAUGAAAUUAAUGAAGAAUUAAAAAGCAAUAUUAUGGAAUUCAUAAAUGCACCAAUUGAGCAUAAUAAU